AUGAUGCUAACAGAAUCUGAUGGUGUAGAUAAAGAAAAAACUAUUACACAACUGUUACGCAGGAUAACGAAAUCUACUUUAAAUAAACCCUUACCUAAAUAUGAACCUAUUGAAUAUGAUUCGGUAAAAGUUGGGCAAAAUAAAAGACAAGCAGUUAAGUCUAUAUCAACCACCACUACAACAUCCACUACAACUUCACCAGCAACACUAGAAAGUGAAUCGAAUAAUGUUGAUUUAAAAGGCUCAUUGGUUGAUGCUGCAACUGCUGAUUCCACAACUUCCGAUACAGGACCUUCAAUUGCUGAUUUGGAAGACUCUUUUGGUGGAGCAGCACCAGUGCAACCAGGUGAUUCUGAAUUGCCUCCGCCCAGAAAAAACGGGUUUUAUUGGAUGCUAGAUUGGAAUAGUUUCCUAGAAGUCGGCGAUGGUGAUACAAAAGUAAAUAUACACUUUGAACCUAAACUAGGUGACCCUCAAAUGUUCAUACCGGUAAAUGUACCUUGA